CUCCCCUCUUCCCUCUUUAAACACCAUCCUUCUUCCUCUUCAGAAAAACCCAAAGAAAUUCAGUCCAAGAACGCGUGCUGGGAUUGGGAUUGGAAUUUCAGUCCAAGUCUUCAUAAAAUUCUGCACAAGGAAAACCAACCAUUCGAUCAGAAUGUGUAAAGCUAAUACAGAACCCGCCUCCGCUCUCUGCCCCCGAACCACCAGCGACGAAAAAACGGCGGCGGCGGCGGAGGUGGCCGUGGAAUCGUCGUAUGAUGACCACAAAUUCCAGUCAACCGCCACCGACAAAACCAACAUGCUUUCUCUCCCUCUGCUCAUGUCAAAACCCCGGCAAGAGAAGACCGUUUCUCUCUCCCUUGUCGUCAAAGAAGCAGAAUCUAUAGCCAGAAUAGCCCUCCCCAUGAUCCUCACCGGCCUCCUCCUCUACUCCCGUUCCAUGAUCUCCAUGCUCUUCCUCGGCCGCCUCGGCGGCCUCUCCCUCGCCGGCGGCUCCCUCGCAUUGGGCUUCGCCAACAUCACCGGCUACUCCAUUCUUUCCGGCCUGGCCAUGGGUAUGGAGCCCAUUUGCGGCCAGGCUUUCGGGGCCAAGAAGUACAACCUCCUCGGAUUGACCUUACAAAGGGCGGUUCUUUUGCUUCUCUUGAUCUCUCUGCCCAUAGGUUUCCUCUGGGUCAACAUUAAAAAGAUCCUUCUUUUCUGCGGCCAAGAUGCGGCGAUCGCCGCCGCGGCUCAGUCUUACCUGUUGUACUCCAUUCCCGAUCUUAUCGCCCAAUCUUUUCUUCAUCCUCUGAGAAUUUACCUGAGGACCCAAUCCAUCACUCUGCCCCUGACAUUCUGCGCCGCCCUCUCGAUCAUCCUCCACGUCCCCAUCAAUUACUUUCUUGUGAUCAAGAUGGGUAUGGGCGCGAAAGGGGUGGCGCUCAGUGGGGUUUGGACGAACUUCAACCUCGUCGCUUCUCUGAUCGUUUACAUCCUCAUCUCCGGCGUGUACAAGAAGACAUGGGAGGCUCUGUCGACUGAAUGCCUGAAAGGGUGGAAAUCUUUACUCGAUUUGGCCAUUCCCAGCUGCGUCUCUGUUUGUCUUGAAUGGUGGUGGUACGAGAUCAUGAUCUUGCUCUGCGGUCUGCUGGUUAAUCCGACCGCCACCGUCGCGUCGAUGGGGCUUCUCAUCCAGACAACCUCUUUGAUCUACAUUUUCCCGUCUUCUCUCAGCUUCAGCGUCUCAACCAGAGUGGGGAAUGAGCUUGGCGCAAGGGAGCCGGGAAAGGCCAAACGCGCCGCCGUUGUGGGCCUCGCCUGCAGCUUCGUUCUUGGAUUCACGGCCCUGUUUUUCGCCAUCUCCGUCAGGAAUGUCUGGGCCAGGAUGUUCACCCAGGAUAAGGACAUAAUUGCCCUCACCACUCUGGUUCUGCCCAUAAUUGGCCUCUGCGAGCUCGGGAACUGCCCGCAGACCACCGGGUGCGGCGUCCUACGAGGGACGGCGCGCCCGAAGACAGGAGCCAACAUUAACCUCAGCAGUUUCUACAUCGUCGGAAUGCCGGUGGCCGUGGCGCUGAGUUUUUUCGGCGGUUUUGAUUUUGAGGGCCUCUGGCUUGGGCUGCUGGCGGCGCAGUUUUCUUGUAUGGUCACCAUGUUGGUGGUUUUGCUCCGGACCGAUUGGGAGCUGGAAGCCCGGAGGGCGGAAGAACUCACCGGAGGCGUCCACCGGAGAAGCAACGAGGAUUCUUUGUGUUGAUAGAGAUGAAUUGUUUAUCUAUUUUAGUAGAAUCUUUUUUCUUUUGUAUAGGCACCCGUCCUAUAUAACCUAUAUAGAUAACAACUCUGUUAAAUAUCAGCUGAGGAAAUAAUUUCUUAUGGUUUUUCUUCUCUAUUCCGUAAGUGCUCUAAAUAUAAUGCUUAAAGAGAGUUGUAUAGGAACUGGUUGUAAUUUAGCUUAGUCUUGUAUUAGACGAAGUACUAUGGGAAAACUCUGAUCUGGUGUUGUCACCUGGGAUUUGAAUAACAAAGGAAGUAUCAAUCAUACUUAAAUCGCA